UUGUAUUCGGACACCAUUUAAAUAUACGGUGUUAGAUGUGAUCUUUUUGCCAAAAUAUGGUGAACGAAUUACCACAAUCCAUCACAAAACAAAAUGAGUUUGGUAACAUGGAUGAGUAUAUAUGUCAAAACACAGCAAGAGAAAAAAGAAAGAAAGAGGAGAACCACAAACUUUUAGAUGAAGUUUCAAGUUAAAAUAAAAAGGAUGAAAAAAGUUUUUGAUUACACUAAUUUGUUGUUAUUCGACCUGUUUUUAGUGCUCCACAUGGACUUUGGACAGCCCUUUGCUUUUUUCCUUCUUAUUCUGUCUACCUAAAAUACUUUUCCCUACAUUUAAUGUUCUUAGUUUCUCUCCCUUUGCUUCAAAGAAAAUAGGAGAUCUCAAAUCCCAAUAAUUUGCAAAGAAUCACCACUCUCUUUUGCCAACCACUUAGGCAUAACAUGAAGGUAAUAUUUCUUGCAACGUUCCUACUCAUCAUUUCAGGUGCUCGAGCCAUAUCAAAUAAAGAUGAAGGUUUUGAUGUGAAGUUCACUUCAGAAAACAGAAGCACUAUCCAAAGCAAUGAACAACCACACAAUCUUCUUGGAAACUUGUACAGAAAUGGUAACAUAGAAGCCUCGACAAGGCUUGUAGAAAGUAAUAAUGAACACAAACAUGAACUAUCUGUUACUAAAAGAAAGGGAGGAGGAGGAGGAAGGGGAGGGGGAGGAGGAAGGGGAGGAGGAGGAAGCAGGGGAAGAUUCUUCGGAGGUAGGGCAGGUGGUGCUGUGGCCGCUGGAGUUGCCGGAGCUGGAGUUGCCGGCAGUGAAAGCGCCAAUCAUGGGAAUCAUCACUCUAAAAGUUCUGCAACAUCAUUAAUGGAAGGGCCUUGUUUUUGUGUCUCAACACUUAUUUUAUGUGUGAGCUUUUUGCUUUAAUCACAUUGUUUCACUUCCACUGGUGAAGUUAUAUAGCUUUUUUUUAGGCCUAUAUGAAUCAUUUCUUCACUACUAUUACUACUACAACUCCAAAUGUAUAUUUUGGCCACAAUGAAGAACAUGUUUGUUUGCUUGUUGAUUA